AAACCCCUACCCCUACUACUACACUCGGCUAGGGUUUGAGGUUGAGCCUCGCGCAUCCAUCUACAUCCCAUGGCGGCCACCACGCCGGCGCUCCUCGGCGCGCUAGACGACUUCACGUCGCGGGAGAACUGGGACAAGUUCUUCGCGCUCCGCGGCGGCGGCGACAGCUUCGAGUGGUACGCGGAGUGGGCGCAGAUCAAGGCCCCGCUCCGCUCGCUCCUCCUCGGGGCGGAGGGGGCGGACAUCCUCGUCCCGGGCUGCGGCAGCUCCGUGCUCUCGGAGGAGCUCUACGACCUGGGCUUCCGCCGCAUCACCAACAUCGACUUCUCCCGCGUCAUCGUCGCCGACAUGCUCCGCCGCCACGCCCGCGCGCGCCCCGAGAUGCGCUGGCGCGUCAUGGACAUGACCAAAAUGCAGUUUCCAGCUGGGUCAUUUGAUUUCAUACUUGAUAAGGGAGGAUUGGAUGCUCUUAUGGAACCAGAAGUUGGCACGGAGCUGGGAAUGAAAUAUCUAAAUGAGGCCAAGAGGGUUUUGAAGUCAGGGGGAAAGUUUGUGUGCUUUACUUUAGCAGAAUCCCAUGUUUUAGACCUACUUUUGCCUGAGUUCAGGUUUGGAUGGGAUUUGAGUAUUCAGGCUAUAGCCAGUGAACGCUCCAGUAAGUCUGCCUUCCAGACCUUCAUGUUGGUCAUGGUAAAAGGGAAGAUGGGUGUUGUCCACACAAUAGAAUCGCGACUGGAUCAGAAUGCUAAAUACUGUAACAUGAAACAGGCAAAUGCUGUAAUUCAUGCUCUGCAAAAUGAGAACAAAAUCCGGGAGUCGCACACUUCUGGUGUUGAUGUACUUUUCUCAUUGCGAGAUCUUCAGCUAGGAGCUAUUGGAAAUUUGAAGGUCAUUGUUCCAGGACGAAGGAGGCAGUUGAUUCUUGGUGAGCAGGGAAGUUCACUUUAUUGCUACAAGGCUGUUUUCAUGGAUGCUAAGAAUCAAACUGGUGUAUUUGCAUACCAUUGUGGAGUUUUCAUUGUGCCUAAGGCACGAGCUCAGGAAUGGUUAUUUGCGUCAGAGGAAGGGCAGUGGGUGGUAGUUGAAAGUGCAAAGGCUGCUCGUCUUAUCAUGGUAUUCUUGGAUAGCAGACAUGCAAGUGCUGACAUGGAUGUUAUCAAGAAGGAUUUAUCUCCUCUUGUUAAGGAUCUAGAACCUGAAUAUCCUGAAGACACAGACCCUAUCCCGUUCAUGAUGGCUAGUGAUGGCGUGAAACAAAGAGAUAUUCUGCACGAGGUAACGUCAGAAAUAACAGGUCCAAUGGUUGUUGAAGAUGUUGUGUACGAAAAUGUUGAUGGAGACCAAAGCUGUUCGUCUGAAAAAAUGUUCCGGCGACUUAUUUUCAAACGAAGUUCUGGCUUAGUGCAAUCUGAAGCAUUGUUAAUCAGUGAGUCCACCAGCGAGGAGACAGACAAUAAGAGCAAAAAUUCAUCUACAGCAUCAAAAAAGAAGAACCAGAAAAAGGGUCUCAGUGGAUCCAAGAACAGUCUGAGGAUCGACCAUAGCUAUCUUGGUAGCUCUUAUCACAGUAGUAUCAUCUGUGGGCUUUCUUUAGCUGCAUCUGCUCUUACUGCUGCUGCGUCAUCUGGAGAAAAAGUUAGCACCACUAUUGUAGGUCUUGGAGCAGGGAGUUUGCCAAUGUUUCUUCGUGGAUGUCUCCCUUUUCUAGAUAUUGAGGUUGUUGAGUUGGACCCUAUGAUGGAGGAGGUAGCAAAGAAAUAUUUUGGCUUUUCAAUGGAUGAGCAAUUGAAGGUGCAUUUGGGGGAUGGAAUCAAAUUCAUCGAAGAGAAAGCAGUUGCAGACCAUGGUACUUCAGCCCAUUCUGUACCAAACAGAAGAGACAGCAAUGCAGUUAGGAUUCUUAUUAUUGAUGUAGAUUCAUCUGAUCUAAGUUCUGGGCUGUCUUGCCCUCAUGUCAGCUUUGUCGAAGAUGCUUUCCUCAUGUCAGCAAAGAAGUUCCUUUCAGCUGGGGGACUCCUCAUCAUCAAUUUAGUUGCGCGAUCAUCAGCAGUUAGGGAAAUGGUCAUUUCGCGAUUGAAAGUGGUCUUUGAGCACCUGUACUCACUGCAACUCGAAGAAGACGUGAAUGAAGUUUUGUUUGCGUCCCCAAGUGAAAGAUACCUGGAAAUCGAUCACCUUGACGAGGCCGCAGCUAAACUGAAGGCUAUGCUGAAAUACCCGGUGGAUGUAGAAUCAGACAUAAAGAAUUUGCAGAGGCUGCAGUAGUGUAGACUUCUGUUGCGAAGCACCAUCUGUUUGUACUCGGCACUCAGAAAAGAGUUGCUGUUGACAAAAUAGAACCCUUCCUAUUGAGAAGGUAUAGAGUGCAUUUAACUUGUAUUGUCUUGCCAAAUUUUGGAGAAGUAAAGCUCUGUUACCAUCUGUA